CAAACGGUUCUUGCUUCUGUUUAUGACACCACGUGAAAGCGAAAUUAAAAAUCGAAAAAAAAAUUGGGUACAUUUUAGAGAUCUGCUUAGCAACUUUUGUUGUGUUUAUAACUUGGACAUCAACAAAUGAGCUGCGCGGUGGUGACUCAUUGGCAGGAGUGCUUUCUGGUCCCAUUUUUACCAUUCUUCUGACGGGCCAGGCAGACUGGCUUUUCGAAUCCAUUACUAUUGCAGCGAUGAGGCAGCGAUAAGCAAACAGGAACUGUUCGUAGCGACACUGACAGUGUGAACCAAAGAGCACUGGCCAGGAUCAUCCGUUCAAUAUUUUCUACUUUUAAUAGGCCAUUCCGCAUGGAGCCAACAAAUCUCCAGAAAGCGAUUGCUGUAGCACAGAAAGCUUCACAGGAGGACCAGGCUGGGAACUAUGAGGAAGCCAUUCAAUCCUACAAGCAUGCUGUCAAGUAUUUUCUUCAUAUUUUGAAAAAAGAACCUCAAGGGAAAGAUGGCAACCAGAAGAUUAGAGAUACAUGUAAACAGUAUCUGGACAGAGUGGAAGAACUACAAGAGUACCUAGUGAAUAACGAGAAAGCGAUUGAUCUUGCUGCCAAGGCAGCUCAGGAGGAUAAAGCUCAGAACUAUGAGGAGGCGCUGCGUCUGUAUCAGGCUGCUGUUCAGUACUUUCUUCACGUCGUAAAAUAUGAGACCCAGGGAGACAAAGCAAAACAAAGCAUCCGGGCAAAAUGUGCUGAAUACCUGGACAGAGCAGAGAAGCUGAAGGAACAUCUCAAGAAGAAAGAAAAACCUCCUCCCGCUAAACCUGUCAAAGAGUCUCAGUCAGAUGACAAAGGGAAUGAAAGUGAUGAGGGUGAUGAUCCAGAGAAAAAGAAAUUCCAAAAUCAACUCUCAGGUGCAAUUGUUAUGGAGAAGCCAAACAUCAAAUGGAACGAUGUUGCUGGUUUAGAGGGAGCCAAGGAGGCUUUAAAAGAGGCUGUCAUUCUUCCAAUCAGAUUCCCCCACCUUUUCACAGGAAAGAGAACCCCGUGGAGGGGGAUCCUGCUCUUUGGGCCUCCAGGUACAGGAAAGUCCUACCUAGCUAAAGCUGUGGCAACAGAGGCAAACAACUCCACCUUCUUCUCAAUCUCCUCAUCGGACCUUGUCUCCAAAUGGCUGGGAGAGAGUGAAAAAUUGGUGAAGAAUCUUUUCACCCUUGCGAGGGAGCACAAGCCUUCAAUCAUCUUCAUUGAUGAGAUUGACUCGUUGUGUGGUUCAAGGAGUGAAAACGAGAGUGAAGCUGCUCGCCGAAUUAAAACGGAGUUCCUUGUUCAGAUGCAGGGUGUUGGUAAUGACAAUGAGGGAGUGCUGGUGCUGGGAGCCACAAACAUCCCCUGGACUCUAGACUCUGCCAUUAGAAGACGAUUUGAGAAGAGGAUCUACAUACCGCUGCCUGAGGAACAUGCUCGCUCCUUCAUGUUCAAACUCAAUCUGGGCUCGACCCCCAACACCCUCGAAGAAUCGGACUUUGCUGCUCUGGGCAGGAAGACAGAUGGGUACUCAGGAGCAGAUAUCAGCAUCAUUGUCAGAGAUGCUCUAAUGCAGCCUGUUCGAAAGGUCCAGUCAGCAACCCACUUCAAACGGGAACGAGGAGCAUCCAGAACUGACCCAAAUGUUACUAUUGAUGACCUUUUGACUCCAUGCUCUCCUGGUGAUCCCAACGCAAUUGAAAUGACUUGGAUGGAGGUCCCUGGAGAGAAGCUAUUGGAACCUCUGGUGUCCAUGUCUGACAUGCUGAGGUCCUUGUCCAACACAAAGCCAACAGUCAACGAACAGGACUUGGAGAAACUGAAAAAAUUCACAGAAGACUUUGGACAGGAAGGCUAGAUCGGAUCCACAGGCGAAACCAAAGCAAUGGAAGUGUGAUCGUCUCUUUACUGUCUUUGACCCUUUUUCCUCUCUGCCUCGUCCUGAUUAGUCUCUAAGCCCCAUGGGUUACGGAAGUACACACUUAAAAAGGUGGAAGAUGUUUUUGUUUUUUAUAGUCACUCCAGCCCAAAGAAAACCAAAAGCCUGCUACAUAUAGUUGUCUUGCUUAAGAGCCCACAUUGGAAACUUUAGGGCUUAAUUUGGCCUAAGUACUAGAGACCUAAAGUUUUUACGGUCUGAAUACUAAAAGAGGUUUGAGAAACGUACAAAAGACAAACACCUUUAUUGCAUGUUAGCAACAUCCGUGUUCUUCUUUUAUGGACUACAUCCCUUAUGCAUUACCCUUCACAUAAUCCUCAUUUGUUUGGAAGAUAAAACAAGCGUUUUUUACCUUGUACUAUAAAUCCAGUAAUAGGUAAACUUUGCACAGUGCAAAUCAAAGAAGUCAGGAUUUAGGAUUAGAUAUGUAGGUAAAAUAUCCUUGUCUAAUAGUGGGGGGGAUUAUAAAGCUUGGAAACAGACUUGGAUAUCAAAGUCUGAAAAAAUAUUUUGGUUCUUUAUGCAGUUUUCAAGGACAUUUGUUGCAGACCAAAGUGUUUAGCCUUUCAUCAUUUGAAAAAAAAAAAAAACAAGGGCCUUUAAAAAAAAGUAUCACCAUAGUGGGUAAACCAGCAUUAUUUCUGCAUUCCUGAAGGACCUAAAAGCUUUGAAUUAUUCUACAUCUUGAUAAGGUUUUCUUUCGAUAGACAACUGUACAUAUUCAUUUAUACUAAAAGGCUUUGCUGAUGAAAACUUCAAAAAACUAGGUCUUAUGUUGGAAUAAAAUAUAUUUGGUUUAAAGCAGGAUUGAGAGGUGAAAGGUGGACAUUGACAGUUCGGAUAAGAGGUCCUCAUGUGUACUUAACAGCAAAGACGUGCAUUUUUGAGCUUACACUUUAAAUAGCCAUAAGUGGCCAUUUGCACCAUGUGCCUUUCAGGAAAAUGCAUGUUUUUUAUUGGUUGAUUUCAAAAUUAAGUCAUUCUUCUAAUAUAUUUCAAGUGCUUUGUCACUACAACUAAGAAAUGUACAACAUAUGUACAUUUCAAGUAUGCUCUUUUUAGAGAUUGUAUGCAAAUGUACUCUGCUCUUGAGAUGUAGAAACUGCCUCCUGUAAUGUUUUUAAGGGGACUGUCUUAUUUUACAGUGUAUAUCUGUCUACGCAUUUAUGUAACCAUCUCUUGGGCCUUUUCCUGCGAGAAGAGGUAACUGAUGCAUCCAGUUUUCUCUUUUUCCUUUCCUCUGUGUAAAUAAAAGUUAAAAGCUA